AUGGCCCUGAUAACUUUGCUGGGGGUAAUCCUUACGAUCAUCGCAGGCGCUUACGCCUUGGACAUCUUCGUCUUCUUCGCACGAGAUUCGCGUGAGCCACAGUAUGUUAGGUCACGCAUCCCACUUAUCGGACACCUCAUCGGUAUCUCCAAGCGCGGCGCUGGGUGGUACUACACCGACGUUGCGUCGAACCAACCGUCCGGCAUCUUCACAUUGUCCAUCUUCACAUUCAAGCUCUACGUCAUCUCGGAGCGGAAGCUCAUCAGCGCCAUUCAGCGCCAUGCCAAGACCAUUUCUUUCACGCCGUUUGCCGCCAAGACCUCGAAGACGCUGAGCGGACUGGGAGAUAUCGUCCUGAGGAUCCAAGACCACCUUCAAGGCCCACCCGAGGCCAAGGAGUUCGACAGGGUCCAGCGGGCUUCGAUGUCUGCUGGCCCUGAUCUGGAUGCCAUGGCCUUGGUGUCGGCGAGAGUAACUUUGGAGCUGGUUGAAGAGCUGGCCAUGAGGGCGAAAGCGGGAGCUGGGACUCGGAUUGAGCUUUACACGUGGCUGAAGCAUCUCAUCGCGCUGUCUGCUUCAGAAGGCAUGUUUGGGCCAAUGAAUCCCUUCCGUGACCCCGAACAUGAGGCAGACUUCUGGACCUUCGCAGAAAAGUCUCACAUCCUUGUGAUGGGAGGGCUGAUGCCUCAGAUCCUGGCCAGGGAUGCUUUGCAAGCGAGGGAGCGCAACGCAGUCCGGUAUGAGAAUUACAUUCGAAGUGGUGGCCACGAGGAAGCUUCGGGUGUUGCCAAAGGUAGAUGUCGUGUUCUGAAAGAAAAUGGCGCUACGGUUCGCGAUAUGGGCCGCAUUCACAUCGGCUUCGACAUGGCGAUGCUCGCCAAUUACGCACCCACGGCUUUCUGGGCUGUCCAGGAGAUCCGCGAAGAAGUCCGCAAGGCUACCACCAAAGGUGAUGAAGCUGACUGGGCUCUCAACAUUUCAGUACUCAAGACGGCCUGUCCUCUCCUGUUAUCUUCCAUCCAGGAGGCGCAGCGUAUGAACUCUGUCCAGGCAGGCAUCCGUGAAAUCCUCCGCAACACGACCAUCACCACCGAAGACACGCCAGUUUUGUUGAAGAAGGGGAGCUAUUUGCAAAUCAAUGGCAUCUCUACGCUACGCGAUCUGGAAACUUGGGGUUCUGACGCAGCCGACUUCGACCCGUACCGUUUCAUCAAGAUGAAGAGGCCAGGGACAGCUACGCCAGUCGUGGCUGCUGCCAGCGAGUUGCCGCCAAACGCAUUUUCGGUUUGGGGCGUUGCGCCACAUGUGUGUCCCGCAAGGUGGUAUGCAACAGGGGGCAUCAUGGUACUUGUUGCGAUGCUGGUUCUGAGGUUUGACUUUGACGUCGAGGGUGAUCUUCAGAUACAAGGCGGAAGCGAGGUCUCAUGGAGGAGGCCAAAAACCGCUAAGGACUUUUCAACUCUACCUGCGCCCGGUUAA